AUGCAGGAGCAGUAUGGCACUGAUCUCCACCCGCACAGCUGGAUGAGGAUGAGGAUGAGGGAUGGAGAUGAAGGAGUUAAAAGGCUGGGCAGUAACCCUGGCCGGUUCGCCAAUGCCACUUUAGUGCGCCUGUCUGAGUAUUUAAGUGCUGGAUAUAAAAAAGGAGUGCGACCUGUAAAAGACUGGCGGGACUCAACCAUGGUGGCCAUCGAUUUAAUGGUCUAUUCAAUCCUGAAUGUGGAUGAGAAGAACCAGGUUUUGACAACAUACGUGUGGUACAGGCAGCAAUGGAUCGAUGAGUUCCUUGUGUGGAAUCCAGAGGAUUUCGAUGAUGUUCGGCAGAUCUCAAUCCCGACGGCAAAUGUCUGGGUACCUGAUAUUCUCAUUAAUGAAUUUGUAGAUGUUGGAAAGUCUCCUGACAUUCCAUAUGUGUAUGUAAGCAACGAAGGACUCGUGCAGAACUACAAGCCCAUUCAGGUGGUAACAGCCUGCUCUCUCAACAUCUACAACUUCCCAUUCGACGUCCAGAAAUGCAGCCUCACUUUCCAGAGCUGGCUGCACACUAUUAAUGACAUCAACAUCACGCUAAUGAGGACCCCACAGGAAGUGAAAGACGACAAGUCUGUGUUCAUGAACCAGGGAGAGUGGGAGCUGCUGCACGUCCUGUCCAAAUACAAGUCCUUCAGUGUGGACAAUGACGACUACUAUGCUGAAAUGAAGUUCCACGUGGUGAUUCGCCGCAGACCGCUGUUCUACACCGUCAAUCUACUUCUCCCCAGCAUAUUCCUGAUGGUGAUGGAUAUAGUGGGCUUCUACCUCCCCCCCGACAGCGGAGAGAGAGUAUCCUUCAAGAUCACUCUGCUGCUGGGAUACUCUGUCUUCCUCAUCAUUGUCUCCGACACGCUGCCAGCCACCGCCAUUGGCACCCCUCUCAUUGGUGUGUACUUUAUUGUGUGCAUGGCCCUGCUGGUGAUCAGCCUCACGGAGACAGUGCUGAUUGUGAGGCUGGUGCAUAAACAGGACCUGCAGACACAUGUGCCGCAGUGGGUCAAGUACCUUGUGCUGGAGAAGGCCACCUUGCUACUCUGCAUCCGCAACAAGAAGUUCUGCUCCCUGCUGGCACAUGAGUCUGACCUGCCACGCUACAGGGAGAACAACAUGAACACAGUCCGCUGUAACCACCACCACUGUGACAGCUCCAGAGACAUGGAUAGGAAUCUCAUUAUGGGACUUCCCAUUCGGGACAGCACUCCUCCAGUCAUGGACAACAUCCUACACGAAGUCUCAUCGAUCCGGCAGUACUUAGAGAAGAGACAGGCAUGUCGAGACAUCGCAAAGGAGUGGCUGCAGGUGGGCUAUGUGCUGGACGUGCUGCUCUUCAGGGUCUACCUGCUGGCCAUGCUGGCCUACAGCAUCACCCUUGGCACACUCUGGUCCGUCUGGCAGUACGCCUGAAAGAUCAGGGAAAUGCUUCCUUACGCUGUCUCUCUUCUUAAAAGCAGUUGUUGUGUGUUGAUAGUAAACACAUUUGUGUAAAAAUGACAUACACUCAAUACACACAACCGGUGUCCUACACCAGAAUUGCUAGUUGGUGAAGCACAAAGUGUGCUAAGACUGCGGUAGGUGUGUCAGCGCCACUCAAUGCGCAACUCAACAAUUUCAGCUUUUAUUGCAAUAUAUAACCGCUGAUGUCACUUUAAAUGUCGGAUAAAAUGUUUGGUUGUGUACAAGUGUGUGUAAGAUGUGAAUAAGCAUUAUAGAAAUCGAUCAAGUCGGAACCUUGAACCAGAGCAAAUAACCAGCAUUCGUGUCUGUAGCUACUAUGCCGUAUCUGAAAAGUCCCUUGUUUUUCCACAUACUUUUUUUCCAUAUUUCAUUUCUCACAUGAUUCAUGAUUUUUUUUUUUCACGUUUCUUUUUAAACACAUCAUUUCUUUAUUUUAUUAUUCAUUUUGUCACAUAAAUUUUUUUUUCUACAUCUGGGGCAUGUGGUUUAAUCUUUCGCAUGUGAUUUCUCAUGAUUCAUUUACUUUUCAAAUGGAUUUUAUUUCUCCACAUGUGAUUUCUCAAACAAUUCAUUCUGACAUGAUUUUCUUACCUAACUUCAUUUGAUGUUCAUGUGUCAAUUUUUCCACAUAUAGGGCAUUGAUUUAAAUUUUCACAUUGCUCACAUAAUCACAAGUGGAAAAAACAUACAGUAUGGUCACAUGUGAAAUGUCAACGUGAAUAUAAUGCUAUGAAUAUAUUUAUGAAGACUGUUAAAGAUGUCACAUUUUGAACUUCUGUCAUCAUCAACAGCAAUUCAGAAUGGAGUCAUUUUGUCAUACGUACCUCGCUGUUGCAUUUUUACCAUCAUUUCUAUUCUCUGUGUAUGCCUUAAUCGUUUUAAUGACACCGUCUUCUUCUCUUCAUUGAAGUGUGUACUGAAAUGCAAUGUAUCUAAAGUGUGCAAAUGUUGUCUUUUAAUGGCAGAUAAUAUCCAAAAAUAUCUCAAUGUCUUACAUACCUGUGAUCAUACACAUGCUGAUUUGAUGUUUGGAGUCUUGCGUUUGCUUCUUUAGUUUUACACUGAAGCUAUGAGGCUAAGGUAGCUAAUAUGUAAGAGAAGCUUAGAGCUAGCAGUUUAAGUCUAAAUCAACUCACACUCAUCUCAGAAGACAUACAGUAGUUUGGCUCCAUAGUUGCAUGUGUACAUAAACAGUUACGUAAAAUAAUAAUUGCUCCAAAAAUACAUAUAUAAAUAUCCAAAACAAACUGAAACUAUAUAAAUACCUGAAUCACUUCUAGCAUACAGUUCAAUGCUAGCUGAUUCAGAUGCUAGCGUGGAAUAAGAGCAAAGCUGAUUAAGAAAGCAACUCGGCUUCAAGAUGGCUGCCACGACUGUUUUUAGAGCUGUGACGUCCUUUUGUAAAAUUUUUUAGAUGACUGUGUAUUAUAUAAUGUCUGAAGGUGUAAUGAUUUAGGUUUAGCAUUAAAGGAAAAUUCACCCUGAAUUACUUGCAUAUUAAUCAUUAUAAUAACACAUUAUAUUCAAUGUCCAAGAUUAAUUUUGUAAUCAAAUUUUGAGUUGAUUUAUUUAUUUAUUUUUUACAUUUCUUUCAUCAUUAUGCUGGUCUAAUUUCACUUACAUUACCCACAGUGCUGUUCAACUAUCUGCUGAUAGUAUUGUCAGUGAGAUUUACGCUGUGUUCGACUUACAGACAUCGGGAUGUCGGAGCUCGGAAUGACUUUAUAUCCAACCUCUUGGCAUUCGAGCUACAAAGUGGGGAAAAAACCACGGAUGCCUACAUGUUUAUCUUUUGUUAGCAUCAAGCUAGCCAACUAACUGUGAUGAGUAUAUUCUUCUUCUGAAAACAGCAAUCUGUAUAUUAAACGUUAUAGAUUUAACAAGCAAAUAUCAAUGUAUGUUGACUGUUCUAAAGAAAAUACUUAUAUUUACAACAUAACCCAUUUAAACGUAAGAAGUGCUGCUUUGUUUACUUGCUUGCAGCCAUGUUGAUUUGAUGUCACUUGCCGAACUCGGAGGAACUUUAACUAAGGAGUUCCUGAGUAGAAAUUCUCAGCUGUUCCCAAGUGCAGCAUUAGCCCUUGCUUCAUUUGACCUAAACAAUGCAGCAGUAAUUUCUGCUCCUCAUCGGUACACUCUGCUCAAACAGAUCUGAUAAUACGGCCAUCGAUGCCAUCAUGCUCGUCAUCUCGUAUAUUGCUAACCAGACAAGCCACGUGCGUCUCUGAUUUACUGUAACUCAGCGCAACUGUGUUGUAUAGCUGCACUGCAUUCUGGGAGUCCAAUUCUGAGUCUCAUUAAUAUGAUGUAUUGAAUGUCUCUGGAAAAAGCGCACCGUGACCAUUAUGUUAAAGAUUGUCAAUUUGUUUAUUGCUCUCCUAUUAAAUGCCAUUUUGAUGGCACAAACAAUGUCUCCCUAUGACAUCAGCACUGCACACAACCGCUAACUUCUCACAGGAAUAAUGAAAACAGAGCCCCAACCAACACAUUCGUACCACAGUCACUAAAUACAUCACAAAUAUUUCAAUAUAAAUGUAAUUUGUUUCAGAGUGGACUUUUCCUUGAAGAUUUUGCUUAUUUGUUAGCUGUAUUAGCCGAGGAGCUUUUGUGAAUAACUAAAGAAUCAAACAUGUCAUGGUUGAUUGACUACAUUAUGGUUAAGAAGGAACAAUCUGCCUUUAACUGGGAUCACCAGCUCUUUCCUUGAUUAUAUGGAAGUUAGGUAUUAUUAGUCGCCGUAGGACUAACCCUAAAUGUAUUUAUAGUAAAGAUUUUUGCAACCUCACCAGGAGGCUUAUUGUGAUUGGAUAAAUGGCACCGACACCCUAGAUAAUUAAAGGAAAAAUCAGUUAGAUGGACAAUGGCAGCAUUGAUCACAAUACAAUCAAUGCGACAUCAUCUAGGCGGCCUGUCGAAUCACGCUUUCUGCAAUUCACAAGCCAUUAUCCCAUCGGCCAGGGCUGUAAAACAGUUAGCAAUUUGAUAUACUUAUUGCUACAGUUAGUCUUUAAAGCCCAUUAAGAAAAAACAACAACAACAAAAAAACAACAUAUACAUAGACGUACACUCCAGUGUGAAAAUUGGGUCGCUGAAACCUGUUGGCAGUGCAUGUCAUACUCAAUCACCACCACUAGAGGGCUAUAAAAGCCAAAGAUCAUGCUGUGAGGUUGCUUUUGUCUGAGGCCAUUUCAGAAAGCAUGCAUAAAUAAAUCUCAUGGGUUGAAAUAAGAAACAGGACACAGUGAUUAGUAGUUUUGCGAUGAACACCAAUUACGAGCAGGUCCAACAUAGAGUGUAGCCAAUUAGCAAGCAAAAUUUAUUCAGAUGGCAUUUAGGAAAAACAAACAAACAAAUAAACCAACAUCUGAACGAACGACUUCAGUAGGUUCCUUUAGGACAUUACUUGUGUUCUAAAUUCACUUGUCAAUAGAUGUCCCCAGGCUGCCGGUUGAGUCACAGACGCCUACAGGCAUGGCUUAGCUGCAGAAGGAUUUGGACACGACAACGUCCACAAUUCAUCGCAUCACGCUCUUGUCCAUUAGAUCAUAUCUGGGUCAAAGAGUACCUAAAAGAUGGGACCCCUUUGGCCAGCACACAAAGGCUAUUCAGCGGCAGAUUCACAUUCACGCCAGACCUCUGUCACGGUGUGGAGAGUCACAUGGCCUGCGUGGCAGCCCAGGGUACGAGCUAGGAUGCU